AUGACCGUCCCCGAGACCAAUGGCCACGGCCCCAUCGAGACCCCCCCUCGCGCUCCCUCGCCCGUCCACAAAUUCGGCACGCUCGCAGUGCACGCCGGCUCGCCACACGAUCCAGUGACCGGAGCAGUCAUCGAGCCAAUCUCCCUCAGCACGACAUUCGCGCAGACGUCCGUGGGUGUCCCAGUCGGCGAGCACGAAUACACACGAUCCUCGAACCCGAACCGCUGGAACUUUGAGCGAUCGAUCGCAGCGCUGGAAAAGGCAAAAUAUGCUCUGGCAUUUGCGUCUGGAUCCACAACUACCGCUAUCAUUCUGCAGAGUCUGGCAGCUGGCAGCCAUGUGGUUUCAGUCUCAGAUGUGUACGGAGGCACGCACAGAUACUUCACAAAGGUUGCGUCUGCACAUGGCGUGCGAGUGACCUUCACACCGAGCAUCGAACUCGACGUGGAAGAGUUGAUCACAUCCGAAACGAAGUUGAUCUGGAUCGAAUCGCCCUCGAACCCUACUCUCUCCCUGGUAGACAUCAGAGCAAUCGCAGACAUCGCACACAAGAGCGGGAUCAUGGUCGUAGUAGACAACACCUUCAUGUCCCCAUACAUCCAAAACCCACUCGAGCACGGCGCCGACAUCGUCGUGCACAGCGUGACCAAAUACAUCAACGGGCACUCGGACGUCCUCAUGGGCGUCGCAGCCUUCAACUCCGACUCCCUCUUCGAGCGCCUGAAAUUCCUGCAAAACGCCAUCGGCGCCGUCCCCAGCCCCUUCGACUGCUGGCUCGCCCACCGAGGCGUCAAGACGCUCCAUCUCCGAGCCCGGGAAGCCAGCAAGAACGCGCAGGUCAUCGCGGAGGCACUGGAGGCGAGCCCGCACGUCAUUGCGGUCAACUACCCCGGUCUGGAUUCGCACAAGCAGAGGAAGAUUGCGAUCAAGCAACAUCGCAAUGGUAUGGGUGGUGGAAUGCUCUCGUUCCGGAUAAAGGGAGGCAAGCCGGCGGCAGAUCGCUUCUGUGAGGCGACGCAGAUUUUUACGUUGGCGGAGUCGUUGGGUGGUGUGGAGAGUUUGGUCGAAGUGCCGGCUUCCAUGACGCAUAUGGGUAUUCCGAAGGAACAGCGCGAAGCAGCAGGCGUCUUCGACGAUCUCGUGCGAGUCUCUUGCGGUGUAGAGGACGCUGAUGAUCUCGUUGCGGACAUCAGACAAGCGCUCGAGCAAGUUGUUGUCAGGGAGCAAAAGGUCUCCAACGGCGUAGCGAAUGGCCACUGA